AUGUUUCCCGGAAACAACCCACUUCCGUUAUUUGGGAACGCUUUAGAACUUGGAUUUGAUGCUGAUGAUGCAUCCCACAAAUUAAUGGAUAUGUGGAGAAAGCAUGGUAAACAAAAUUUCCGUUUGGCGGUUGGUUCUGAAGAUUGGGUACUUCUAUCAGAGGCUGACGACGUUGGUGUAAUAUUAAGCCAUCCCACGGAACUUGGAAAACCUUUAGAACGCAAUGUGGCAAUGAUGCCGUUUUUCGGAAACUCAGUGUCGACUUCUGAAGGAGAACGAUGGCCAUUGAUGCGUAAGCUGAUGACCCCGAGUUUCCAAUACAGAACACUGGAAAAGAGAGUACAAAAUUCGAAUGCAUACUGCAAGCAUCUUUUCAGCAUCCUUGAUGAGAAAUUGGAGGUGGGCGAUAUUGAUUUGUACCGCUACUUGCGCCCGUACAUGUUCGACUUACUAUGCAAUUCGCUAAUGGGCGUAAACUUUAAUCUGCUCGACGAUCCGGAUCAUCCUUAUUUACAAGCCAGCCGGAAG